ACAAUUAGGCUUUUGUUUAGUGCAGGUAAUUAGUCAACUGAAUGAAUGAUUGUAAUGACGUGGCAGGAUUAGAUGAGGACGCUGCAUUGAAGUUCUCUCCACAACCGUAAUCCAGAGAUCGACAGAGAGAGGCAGAGGCAGCCAGCAUUCAGAAAUUACAAAUUUAAAAAAAAAAAAAAGAAAAAAAAAUAAUUAACGGACGUCCUCAACGCAACCAGCCCAAAAAGUUUAGAAAGUGACCCCUAAUCCGAUCCUCAUUUUCCUUUUAACCUCUCAACAAAAUCUUGGUUUCUUCCAUCCCUCUCUCUCUGUCGAUUUCUUCAAAUAUCUUCACGCGUUAUUUCUCAUUGUUUGGUCUCAUGAUCGUUAAUCUAUUAGGGGUCUGGCAAUGUCAGUUCCACAAGUUGAGAGUAUGGCUUCAUUAAGCAGUGAUAUCUUCUAUGACAUAUUGAGGCGUCUUGAUGGCCCAUCAUUGGCAAGUGCAGCAUGUGCUUGUGCGGCAUUUUGUUCCAUCUCAAAAGAAGAGAAGCUAUGGGAAAAUGUUUGCUCUUCUAUGUGGCCUUCAACAAAUAGAGAAGAUGUCAAAAGUUUAAUAUCAUCAAUUGGUGGAUUCAGAAAGUUUUAUGCAGAUUGUUUUCCACUUAUUGUUAAUAAGGAAGUUGCAGAGUAUCAGUGGAAUGAAUAUCUAGAGUACCCUGAAGAAUGGACUGAGGCUGAAUACUAUGGUGACAUUGAUGAAUUUGAGAGUAUUGCUCCAUCAGAUUUUGUUUCUAUUGUUGAUAUCAGGUAUAAAGAUAAAACAGUCUGUUCAAAAGUCCUGUGGGGAAUUCCUAACGCCAACGGAUUCAAUGGUUGGUUUUACAACUGCCCAUUUCGGAUUGAUCUCCUUACAUAUGCAGCCAGGGAUGAUGACAGUGAAGGUGAAGUCUUCCUUUCAGGUUCAGAUGGCCUGCCGCCAGUUUUGUCCUUGGAGAAAGAAAGAAAAGAUGGCAAACUUUGGACGGAGCUCCGAGAUGGACUUCGACUUAGUUGGAUCGUUGUAAAUAAAAAAAUUAAGCAAGCUGCUAAUCUUGCUAGCUGGAGCCCUCUUGGUGGACAAAGGCACUGGCCAACAGACAAGGAUUUUGUAAUACGCUUUGGAUCUGUUCUUUCAGCGAAAGACAUUCUUCCAUGUCAGGUAGUAGAAUGCAUCCUCAUUAUGAAGUUUAGAGUAAUUUAUACAGAAGGAGAGGGUGUUGGGACAACUCUCAAAUUAACAGAACUGAGCAUGCAGUUGGAAGACAUGGAAGGUGCUCAUGUUAAUGGAAGAAACAGUUUGCUUAUUCUCAAGGCAGCAUUGAGCUGUCGAAGAAGUAAAAAUUAUAGUGAAGUUCUCGAGUCCUGUCACUUGUACUCAAAAGUGCAAAGCGAAUUCAAGGAGGAGAAGAUGAGAAAUGAAAGCAGGAUAGAUAGACUUUGUAUCAUAAGUGGCAUUGCUGCUUUCCUCACAUUCUGGUACUACAUUUUGUGAAAUGAAAAUGCCACUUUUACUUUUGACACUAUAGCUUUAAACCUGAAACUGCUCUAACAAACUAAUAAGUGUGUUGUACCUUCUAGUGUAAAAUACAAUUUUGCCUUGUAUAAUUACUAAUCUUUGUGACCUUAAGAUGCCUGAGAACAAAAUCUAUAUAUGAAGUGAUUAACAAAGCUA